UGACCAAAACGUCUCAGAGGUUGAUGUGUUGCAAAAUAUAGUCAUUUUCUUGUCGGUUAGUAUACAGAUGCGAACGAGACAUCACACACUCAUAUAUUUACGAUCAGCAACAAGAUAUUACUUUACGAAACGGUCGGUCAGUGUUGUAGAAGAUUUACUUUUGUUUGGAUUUCAGUAUCGAAGGUUAUCGUGAUGUUGAGAUAUUUUGUUGUUUUCGCUGCAAUCGUGGCCGUUUCUCUGUCGUACCCUCAAUCAGAUUUUGGAUUCCCGGACGAGGUAGAUUUAGGACAACGACAAAACUUUGAUAAUGUUCAACCGAGUCGUCCGAAUCGACCAAGACCCAUGUUUAAUGAUUUUCCGCCAUUCACAUCCGGACCCUCGACAACAGUGGUAAAUGUUCCGCUUCAGUCAACAACGCCAGCAACAGUUACUACUAGAUCGCCGGCAUAUCGUCAGUGCUUGGCUAAUAUGUGCCCGACUACUAACGAAUAUAAUCCAGUUUGUGGCAGCGAUAACGUAAACUACGACAAUCAACAAAAACUGAAUUGUGCCAACUUUUGCGGGCCAAGAGUGGAUCCAAGCUGGCAACCUGUUCAACAAACUCGCAUCGGUACGUGCAAUCCAUUGUAGAACAGGUCUUCGAAAUUGAAUUUUUCUUUUUUACGUUGUAACGGGCAAAUAGUCAAUAAAAGCUCAAUUAA